CCACUGGCUUCCAUUCAGUGUCCUCCACCACUCUCUGCCAAUCCCUCCACUGGCUUCCAUUCAGUGUCCUCCACCACUCUCUGCCAAUCCCUCCACUGGCUUCCAUUCAGUGUCCUCCACCCCUCUCUGCCAAUCCCUCCACUGGCCUCCACUCAGUGUUUUCCACCCCUCUCUGCCAAUCCCUCCACUGGCCUCCAUUCAGUGUCCUCCAGCCCUUGUCCUCCAGCCCUGUCUGCCAAUCCCUCCACUGGCCUCCAUUCAGUGUCCUCCACCCCUCUCUGCCAAUCCCUCCACUGGCCACCAUUCAGUGUCCUCCACCCCUCUCUGCCAAUC